CUGUUACAGAGCAAGAUAUUGAGAUGUGGAUUGAGGCAGAAGUGUCAACUGAAAGCAGUGAUGAAGAGCUGGAAUGGGAUGAGAAGUAUGUUGAAAGCCUUAGCACUGCAAACGAUCUUAAGUUUAAAUUGCAGUCCAAUUCUGAGAUUAAUGCUCAGGAAGUUGAAUCAAUAAAGAAACAGUUACAGAGGCUUGAGAAGUUGCAAACAUCUAUUGAGAGGCAACAAGGAAUUCAAAGGAAGUGGACUGUGGCAAGUUCUUUGUACAAAGAAGUUCUUGCUCGCCUCAAGCUUAAACAAGGGUGUCAGUUACUCAAAAAACUACACCACCUAGCAGCGGAACGGAUUUUUGUUCUGGAAAUGAAGAAAAAGUAUGCAGAUGGACAAGCUAUUGCUAAAAAGCUGAACAAAGAACUUACCAAGAUAACAGCCAGUGUCAAACUGCUCAUACCCCAACUGAAAGCUUUGAGAACAGCUCAGUUUGGUGAUCUGUCAGAUGAUGAAGUUUUUGUUAUAGUGAAAGAUCCGCAAUCAACCAUUUACAGUGCAGUCAACGUGGAUCCUCAACGUAACACCCUAGCCCAUUCUACAAAAAUACAAAUCAUAAAUGUGUUUUUGUUGAAAAAAAGGGCCAACGAAGAAAUCAUUCUUCUUAAAGCAGAGGUUGAAAGGUUUCAGACCUUUCUUUCUGAGGAAGUUCAGAAAGUUGAUUCUUGGAUCGAUAAGGCUUCCACUCAAAAUAAUCCAAGUCACAAGAACCUUCUUCUAGUGAAGAGAGCAUCCUUAAUCCAAGAACUAGCAAGCCUGCAAAGACUUUGGAAGGAAGAAGUCUUGUUUGAAACAGAUUAUGAAGAAUUGCUGAAAAGAAUUUUGGAUGGAAGUGGAGAAUCAACACUGUCUUUACUUGAAGAUGAAGCUGCAAAUGAUAAUGAUGAUGUUGAUGAUGUCAGUAGUGUUAGGGAUGAAACUGAAGCUGAUGAGAACGAACAAACAGACAAUCUAGAUCAAUGAUGGUGCAUUUUCAUUGUAAAAAUUGUUGUUAUGAUAAUAAUAAGAAGCCAUUUGGUGACGAUGCAUAGUCGAUACCUCAUAAAAGAUGAUAUUUUAUAACUAUAAUUACUAACUCACAUGAAUAUUAUAACAACAUGACUUAAGUGAAACAUUUGGGCCAAUACAAUUGCAGCUUCCAUUGUAAUGCAAUAAAACCUCUUGUUCAGAGAACCUAGAUUUUUUUCAAGUCAGCUUGAACAGGUUCCUAGUAUAUAAAUGGUGCUUGACUGAA